UUGCAACAAAUGCCUAAUUAGUAAUUUUUGGUUGUGAUAUAUAAACCCAAAUUUUGAUGGGCUUUUGUGCAACCAGAUUUAUUUUUGGCUUCACAUACAAGUAAAAAGAGAAAGAAAAAAAAACUGAAGGAGAAGGAGUCAGCGAGACGACGGCUUCCACUUCGAAAGAGUUUGAUCUCUUACUUUCUUUUUUUCUUUCGAAGUUGGUAAAACAAAUGCAACCUUCAAAUUUGACCCUUUCUACAGUUUUCUUCUCCGAUCAAAUCUUUGUUUUUUUUUUUAAUAACAUUUACGUGACUAGCGGCAUAUUCUACAGUUGUCGAUAGAAUUUGAAAGAAAUCCGUAAAAGUCAAAGAGCGUUUCCGUACUUUUAUUACCCACAUGUCGUACUAUUUGAAUGUGUAGUAAAUGGUUUAACCAAUUGCUUGGUUUACAACAUUGCCGACUGAUCCUGUCACACAUGUUCUUUUAAACCAUAUGAAGGAGGAGUCAUUGACCCAGUUUCUCUGUUUUUCUUUUUAGUCUUGUGAUGUGAUCGACCCACUUUCUCUUCUUUCAAGAUGUAUCCAAAAGAAGGAGACUUUCUUUGGUAGGUGUCAUCAUCUAAGACGUAGGAAUAGCUCUGUUUUUUGUUGUGAAUUGUUCACGAACUAUGCAAAAAGACACUAAGAAACCAUAACGUUUUAUACUAACCCAAACAAACAAACUCAAUGUCAUCCGACAAAGUUAAUUAUAUAUUUAUUACAUAAAUUGAAAAUAAAUGAAGAAGGUGGAGAGUUGUGAGAAAGACAGGUGAAUCUACCAAUAAUCUCCUGCCUUAGAAGAAUGGGUCACAUGGAGUUUGGUUUUUAUAUAAACCUAUUUCCUAACUUUUUUUUUAUCUCAAAGUAGAGAUACAUUUACUUGUUUUUUUCCCCAUUUCUCAGAACAGAGCUCCGUUGGAGUUUUCUUUAAAAAGUUUGUCCCUUUUCGUUCAAUCUUUCCCGGUUUCAGACAUUGCCGUGAAAGUCUCAAAUGCUCGUCUAAUAAAGCAAACACUUUUGUCCGAAAGUUAAGCUCUUUGAAACGUCAGGGAAAGAGAAUCCCGCAAAACUCUCUCCUCUCUCCUCUCUGUUUUUUUCUGGGUCGAAGUUUGGUUCUUUGUUGGAUAAUGAUGGUUUUUGACAAUGAAUCCAACCUAGACCGAUUCCUACGCUGCACUACACCAAUUGUGCCUGCCUAUUCCCUCCCAAAGACACAGAUCAAGAACCUGAAUCGUCUAUGGUACCCUUUGGAGAGCCAGAGCGUAGAGUACUUCAGGUUGGGAGAUUUUUGGGAUUGUUUCGACGAGUGGAGCGCUUACGGUGCAGGUGUCCCCAUUGUCUCGGAAACCGGCGAGACAUUGGUCCAGUACUAUGUUCCUUACCUCUCUGCAAUCCAGAUUUUCACCUCUCAUUCUGUUCUCAAUGCUCUAAGGGAGGAGACGGAAUCAGGGGAUUCAGGGAGCGAGUCGUGUAGUGAGGAGUGGAGAUGGGAAAGAUGUUCUUCGUCUGAGGAAGGAUUUGAUCAUCAAGAACCUCUCGAUCGCCUCGGUUACUCUUACUUGCAGUAUUUCGAGAGAUGUACACCUUACUCCAGAGUCCCUCUCAUGGAUAAGAUCAAAGAGUUGGGAGAAAGACACGCAGGCUUGAGGUCAUUGAGAAGUAUUGAUCUGUCUCCUGCGAGUUGGAUGGCUGUUGCUUGGUAUCCAAUCUAUCACAUUCCCAUGAAUAGAAGCAUAAAAGACUUGUCUACUUGCUUCCUCACUUACCACACGCUUUCUUCAUCUUUCCAAGAUUUGAAGAAAGAGGAGGAGAAGGAGAGGAUAAGUGUGAGUGCAUUUGGGAUGGCCACUUACAAGACGCAAGGGAGGCUAUGGGACAGUGAUAGAUUGCUUUGCUUUUUGAGCGUAGCAGAUUCUUGGCUAAAGCAGCUAAGGGUCCACCACCAUGACUUCACUUACUUCACCACUACUCCUCAUUAUCUUUGAUACAUAUAGUGUUUUAGAUCAUUACUUGGUUAACAAUCUAUUUAGUUUUGUUGUUUAAGAGUAGCACAUAUCAUCAAUAAUGUUGCAUUGUUGUUAUUUGGGACUCUUAGGAAAGGAUAGACACUGACUUUUUCUUCAAAAUAUUUUUUUUAUAAUAAAUUUGGUUUGGGGUCAGAUUGAUGAUGAUGGGCUCUCAAUACAUUUAUUCUC